AUGUCUCUCGGCAACACUGGUGUGGAACUUUGUAAGACAGAGCUGCAAUCACUGAAAAAUUUACAAGUAAGCAAGACUGCUAUAGUAGAUACAUUAAGGUUAGAGAAAGAUACUUUAACCGCUCAACUGACUGAGAGGAAGCAAAAAAUAGAAGAUUUGGAAAAAGAGAUUGAGAAGUUAAAGUCAGCUCUGACAACAAAAAGUGCUCCAAAUCCAUCUUCAAUACCCAAGGUGACGCCAGCUGCCCAGCCGCCCAAGAUGAGUCCUGCUCUCAGUGCCCACAACCCCAUUAAUGAACCAGUGUUAGAAAAUGAUGCCAAGGAAGAAAUAGAAGACACAAAUGCCUUGAAUGAUGGCAAUGAUUUUGACCCACAGGUGCAAUAAGUUUAAUUAUUGUUUAAGUUUGUGAUUUAGUGGCCUGUUAACAUUUACCAGUUAGGGACUAAGAAAGAGGCUGAUGGUAGAAAGGCUAUAAGCUAGAAUACAUGCAUAAUGAGUAUUCUUAACAACUAAAGAGGUUCGAAGAACUGAAGGUUAGCUAUGAAAAAAAA